UCGUUAGUUUCUGUAUGUUUAAGUGAUGCAGAUACGCAUUGCUGGAAAACAGGACAUUUAACUUCUUCGGGGCUAGACUUCAGCCAAAACAAUGAAAGCAGUCAUUCAGAGAGUGACUAAAGCGAGUGUUACGGUUGGAGGGGAACAGAUCAGUUCUAUCGGAAGAGGCCUUUGCGUCUUGCUUGGUAUCUCCGCUGAGGAUACACAGAAAGAUAUAGAUUAUAUGGUACGUAAGAUUCUAAACCUGCGUCUGUUUGAGGAUGAGAAUGGCCGCUCAUGGAGUCGCAGUGUAAUGGACACAGAACUGGAGGUCUUGUGUGUGAGUCAGUUCACAUUGCAACAUAUACUGAAAGGAAACAAGCCUGACUUUCAUUCAGCCAUGCCUGCUGAACUGUCUCAAACCUUCUACAAUAACAUUGUGGAGCAGAUGAGGACUGCAUACAAUCCAGAGCUCAUUAAAGAUGGCAAGUUUGGUGCAUACAUGCAAGUGCAUAUCCAAAAUGAUGGACCUGUCACCAUUCAUUUAGAGUCUCCAUCUGGACCCACAGAUGCUAAACAGUUGUCCAAACUAGAGAAGCAGCAGCAGCGUAAGGAGAAAACACGAUCCAAAGGCAGCUCUGAGUCAGGCCGGGAAAAGGUUGCAUUGCGCUGUAAAGCAGAUCCAAAUGCCAGCAGUGGAGCAGAGGGGGACGUGUCUUCAGAAAGAGAACCAUAGCAGAGAGGAGGUUGUUUGGGACUGAUCUGUCCAGCCUCCAAAGAGAGGCUGCCAUCUUCAGGGAUUUCGACGUGUGUAGUGCAACUUAACCUGACUCCUCUAAUGACGUGAUCAUAAUUUUCCUGUCUCUGAUCACCCAUGCAAUCAACUGUGCAGUCUUAUUUUCUUCUCAAACUUUGAAUUUAUCUGAAUAACAGGACCUCUGACAGGAGUGUGAAAUUGGCCAAGAUGCAUUUUACAAAGCAUAUUUGCGCCAUUUUGGACAGAAUGUCCGAUUAUUUAUUGUAGUUAUGUGGAUGAUGAUGAGAAUUGUCUUAAAUGUAUAUGUACAUGUGAUUUUAAUGAAAAUAUUAAAGGUGCAUUGUCUUUUUUGAGCCUUUUGAGACCAGUAGAUUGGAGUCUACAAAGAAAUCCAAGAAAUUAAAACUUAUGAAAAUGUAAAAAAAAAAAAAAAAUGGAUAUGGGAGGUUUUUUUUGUUUUUUUUUUAAUUGAAUCUAGGGGAGGGUGUAUAUGCAAGAGGCCUUUCAGAACAGUUUGUAAAGAACAGUGAGCUGCUUGUAAUGUAGCCUACUUUUUCACUUUUCUUUAAAACCACAAAUAGAGAAGAGGAUUAGCCUAAAUGCAUGCAUGCAUGCAUGCAUACAUACAUACAUACAAUUGAAUUGGAAAACAGAAGCUCCUUCACUGCAAACAUGUAUUCAUUGGUUACUGUGAAAGGGAGUAAAUAAAUUAUAUUUAUUCGUAGUGUUUGUAGUAGCCUAAAGAUCUGCAUUUCAUUGCUUGUUAUUGCCAAACUUGAGAAAUGCCUAUGGAAGACACAGCCUAAAAAGCCAAUCUUGUCUAACCAUAAUUGACAUCAAGUUCCAUUUGAAAAGGUGAUUUGUUGUAAAACAUUAAACUGAACAUUGUAUCCAUAGUUAUAGUGAAUAUCAGAAGAUGUUAAAGUAAUACAGCCAUGACAUGGCUGGACUCCUUUGUCACUUUGCCUUUCACCUGAAGAGGAGCACCAUAUGUUUAGUCACUACAUUAUGGUUCUUUAUUAUUUAAUGCCUGUAGUUCAACAUGUUCUAUGAUUUUUUAAUGUGUAAAUAUGUAAUUUUAGUCCCCAUGUGAAACUUUAUUAACAGUGAACAUUUUUUUAUAUCCAAAUUUGGUAACUUUCUAUUUUAGGUUUGAGAUACUAAGAGAGUAUUGGUAUUUCUUCUCUAGUAUGUGUUGUUAAUGCAACCUAUCAUUACACUUGUCCACCAAACUAUUUUAUGUGGUUGCUAAUUAAUUCUACUGGAAAACUACUGUUUUCUUAAUCACUGACUGUCACAGUACUCACUGAAAUAGAAUAUUUAUAAUCAAGGAUAUUAUUUUGAAUAUUCUUAACUGCUGGAAUGUCUGAUCUUCUAUAGCUGAUUGCAGAUGUACAUUGUACAGCAAUUGUAGAACAUUAUAUCAGAUAGAUCAUUGUGAUACUGCUGUGUAUUCCACAGAGGGCUGUAGCACACAGCUUGUAUAUAUGAUGCUCUUCUAUGAGAAAUACGUGAAAACAUGGACAGCCAUUCUGCACUGUUAGCAUUGUGACAGGAUUAUGGGUGAUACAGUUCUCAUUACUUUCCUUGGUUACUUUUUUGUUACAAUGUAUCAUAUGUUGUUCUCUUGCUGUUUGUGAGAUCAUACUUUAUAUUCAGUGAUUGUCACCAAAUUAAAUAUUGAAGUUUCUUUGGUGUUGGUACUAAAAGGACAUCAGAGAUUGUGUUUUUGUCAUUCACUUGUAUCAUGGCAGAAUUCUAGUCUGUAUUUGAAGAAAGGGACCUCAAAGGCAUCUGGAGCAGGGAUAGCUCAGCAGUUAACCUAUUAGACUAGUAAUCACAAGAUUGGUGGUUCAAACCCUACCGCUGUUGGGCCUUAACACAAUUGCUCAAAUUGUACUCAGUAACAAAUGUAUAUUGCUUUGGAUGAAAGUGUCUGCUAAAUGUAACAGGUACCUUGGGCAAUUUCAGGCUGUGUGGUUUCUGUGUUAUGAUUCUUUUAGAAUCAAGACUGCACUAUGAAAUGUCAUGGAUCUUUAUCUUAAUAAUUACAACAGCAAUUCUGUUAGAUAAAUACAGUGUGCUAUGUAUUCUGCCAAUGUAGAAUGUGUUAUGGAUAUUUCAUGAUAUGACCAGAUGAAUUUGUAGUUUAUAUUUAGGCCUAUUUUGUUUAGUUUUUUUUUAUGUCAGUUAUAUCACUAUUAGACCCAGACUGGUCACAAAGUCGUGUGUGUACAUAUGUACGUGCGUGCGUGCGUGUGUGCGUGCGUGUGUGCGUGCUUGUAUGCCCAUCUACACCCCAUUGUCAUUUCAGAGAGACUGGACUAUUGCCUGGCUGGGGACCUCUUCACCAACAGAACCACCAAUAUAAUAAUACAAUGAAUAGACAAGUGUUUGUGAAAGAAAGACUGAGUACAUUUACCUUUAUAAAAACAUUCUCAGUGUCUCCUUA